GACCUUUGCCACAGCGAUUCGAAGUGUGCCGCCGCGUGUCGUCAUAAAUAUCCCAAACGCGGCCAUCGAUCCUCUCGUCGACUCCCUCAAGACCCGCAUUGUUUAGACGGAAAAUGGCAGUGGGAGACGACUUCGACAUCCCAGAUACAGGGGCAGUUUUUACAUUUGGGAAAAGUAGAUUUGCCGAUAAUGUGCCGUCAAAGUUCUGGAUCAAGAAUGACGUUGUUGUGGAAAUUGCGUGUGGAGAUGAACACACUGCUGUUAUCACGGAAACUGGUAGAUUAUUUAUGAUAGGAAGCAAUGAUAUGGGACAGCUGGGCCUCGGAUCUACAAAAACUGUUCACAAACCAUCUUGCGUUAAAGCUUUAAAGCCGGAGAAGGCAUUACAUGUUGCAUGUGGACGUGCACACACCAUAGUAGCUUGUGGUUCGGGGAAAGUGUUUUGCUGGGGUUACAAUGGCGAUGGCCAACUGGGCACAGAUGACCAGAUUGACCACCAGUCCCCCGUUCUGGUGAUGACCCUAGAAAACUCUCCUGUUGCUGUCGCCGCUGGCAGUGCCCAUUCUGUGGUACUUGCAGACACAGGGGAAUUGUACGUUUGGGGGAGUAACGCCGAGGGGCAGUUAGGCCUAGAUUCCGAAGAAGUAUUUACACCAACUGUUCUUACGCUACCAGAACAUGUAGUUGGCAUUGCUUGUGGAUAUUAUCACACUGUGGCAAUUACAGAAUCAGGGCAAACCUAUACUUGGGGAGACACAGAUCAUGGGAAGCUCGGACUAGCAGAAGACGAAUUACUGUCCCAUAGACAGCCUCAGCCUGUUAUAUUGCCAGAGAAAAUUGUCCAAAUUGCUGCAGGCAGUGCACACACUCUUUUCUUGUCAGAAAGUGGUGCUGUCUAUUCUUGUGGAUUAGGAAACAGUGGGGAACUGGGACAGGGUGGGGGAAGACUAGAAUCUUGGCUCCCUCAGCUUGUUAACGAGCCUUCUUCCCAUACUGUGGUUUCUAUAUCUGCUGGAGGUAACCACUCAGCUGCAAUUACAGAUUGUGGUUAUUUGCUAACCUGGGGUUGUGGUCGGCAUGGGAAGCUGUGUCAGGGAGAAGAAAAUUUUGCCUCUCAGUUUUGUCCACUAGUAGUGCGUCGUUUGAGACAUAUUUCUGUGAUACUGGUUGGUUGUGGAGGCUGUCACACAAUGGUUCUGGGCUACAGGCGUGUGGAAGCAGGAGAAGGUGCUGUGGAAGAUGAAAACAAUGAAAUACCGGAACCGAAUACCACUAGCAGUGCGCGGGCAAGGCGAAGACUUGGAGAUAUCCAGGCUGAUGAUAAUCCAGUGGGUGUGUUGCCUCCACUGAAGUCAGCUGGUCUGCCACCCAUCAAACACACAGUUCUUCCAACAGUGCCUGAUACAGAGGCUGUGAUUGAACAGUAUGAGGAGCAGGACCAGCCUGAAGAAGGAGAGCCACAUACUGUGAAAGUCAGUGCAGAUGAAGCUUUUAAUGGUGUGUCUGCUGAGGAGUCUGAUACUCAAAGUGAAGAGAAAGAAUCAGAAUCAGACACAGUUGAGGAAGAAGAAUCAAAGAAAGAGAUCCAGCCUGAAAAGAAAGGAAAUCGCCUCACUCGUUUCUUUAGCGGACUAGGAAGAAAGAAGCCCUCACCAACCAUAAAAGACUUGGAUGAUGCUGAUGUAGAGAGUCCUACUGUACCUGUCUCACCUGAAUCACAGGAACACCCAGUGGAAGAAGAUGCUGAAUUAGAGUCGAUAGAAGGAACACACAAUGAAGGGAGAGAAGCACUAGAAGCUCCAAUAGAGGCCUUCACAACUGAAGUGCAAUCUCAAGAUGAAGAAAUAACUUCUUCACUCUCAGAGAACAAAUCAGACCAUAAACGGUCAAAAGCAUGUGUGAUUAUCUAGAACUGAAAAGCACUGCAAAAACGAAGUCCUCAUGCCAAGCACAAUCAACAGAUAAGGG